GACGCUAGGCGGAGCGGGGCCCCACACAGGCCUCAGCGGCUGGCUCGGGCCCCUACGGUCCCGGCGGCGGCUGGAGAAGGAAGCCAGGCGGCUGAAGAGAAGGGGAGGCGGAGGAGGCCGAGGUGGAGAGCCGCUCGUCGCAAACUCACUUCCCCGGCUCAGCAGGGAAAGGUUCCUAGGAGGCGAGUGUGGACGGUAUGCAAAGUUGUGAAUCCAGUGGUGACAGUGCGGAUGACCCUCUCAGUCGUGGCCUGCGGAGAAGGGGACAGCCUCGUGUGGUGGUGAUCGGCGCCGGCUUGGCUGGCCUGGCUGCUGCCAAAGCACUUCUGGAGCAGGGCUUUACGGAUGUCACUGUGCUUGAGGCUUCCAGCCGCAUUGGAGGCCGCGUACAGAGCGUGAAGCUUGGACACGCCACCUUUGAGCUGGGAGCCACGUGGAUCCAUGGCUCCCACGGGAAUCCCAUCUAUCAUCUAGCAGAAGCCAAUGGCCUUCUGGAAGAGACAACUGAUGGGGAGCGCAGUGUGGGCCGCAUCAGCCUCUACUCCAAGAAUGGCGUGGCCUGCUACCUCACCAACCAUGGCUGCAGGAUCCCCAAGGAUGUGGUUGAGGAAUUCAGUGAUUUAUACAACGAGGUCUAUAACUUGACCCAAGAGUUCUUCCAGCACGGUAAACCAGUCAAUGCUGAGAGUCAGAACAGCGUGGGGGUGUUCACCCGAGAGGAGGUGCGCAACCGCAUUAGGGACGACCCUGAUGAUCCAGAGGCCACCAAGCGCCUGAAGCUCGCCAUGAUCCAGCAGUACCUGAAGGUGGAGAGCUGUGAGAGUAGCUCGCACAGCAUGGACGAGGUGUCCCUGAGCGCCUUUGGGGAGUGGACUGAGAUUCCCGGUGCCCACCACAUCAUCCCCUCGGGCUUCAUGCGGGUUGUGGAGCUGCUGGCUGAGGGCAUCCCGGCCCACAUCAUCCAGCUGGGGAAACCCGUCCGUUGUGUUCACUGGGACCAGGCCUCGUCCCACCCUUGGGGCCCUGAGAUUGAGCCCCGGGGUGAGGGUAACCAUAAUCAUGACACUGGGGAGGGCAGCCAGGGUGGAGAGGAGCCCCAGGGGGAGAGGCAGGAUGAGGAUGAGCAGUGGCCGGUGGUGGUGGAGUGCGAGGACUGUGAGGUGAUCCCAGCGGACCACGUGAUUGUGACCGUGUCGCUGGGCGUGCUCAAGACGCAGCAUGCCAGCUUCUUCCGGCCAGGCCUGCCCGCUGAGAAGGUGGCUGCCAUCCACCGACUGGGCAUCGGCACCACCGACAAGAUCUUUCUAGAAUUCGAGGAGCCCUUCUGGGGCCCCGAGUGCAACAGCCUACAGUUUGUGUGGGAGGACGAGGCAGAGAGCCACACGCUCACUUACCCACCCGAGCUCUGGUACCGCAAGAUCUGUGGCUUUGAUGUCCUCUACCCGCCUGAGCGCUACGGCCACGUGCUGAGUGGCUGGAUCUGUGGGGAGGAGGCCCUUGUCAUGGAGAAGUGUGAUGACGAGGCAGUGGCUGAGAUCUGCACAGAGAUGCUGCGGCAGUUCACAGGGAACCCCAACAUUCCAAAGCCUCGGCGAAUUCUGCGCUCAGCCUGGGGCAGCAACCCCUACUUCCGGGGAUCCUAUUCAUAUACACAGGUGGGCUCGAGUGGGGCAGAUGUGGAGAAGCUGGCCAAGCCCCUGCCAUACACGGAGAGCUCCAAGACAGCGCAAGGAAGCUCCUCAAAGCAGCUGCCUGGUCACCUUUUAUCUUCCAAGUGCCCAGAACAGUCCCUGGAACCUAAUAGAGGCUCCAUAAAGCCCAUGCAGGUGCUGUUCUCAGGUGAGGCCACCCACCGCAAGUACUAUUCCACCACCCAUGGUGCUCUGCUCUCUGGCCAGCGCGAGGCUGCCCGUCUCAUUGAGAUGUACCGAGACCUCUUCCAGCAGGGGACCUGAGGGCCUCCUUGCUGCCAAGCGUGUUCCUUAAAGAACCACUAACUUGUGACUUUCAGCCCUGCCCCUUGCUGUUGUGUACUCCUCAUUUCCUAAUCCUCUGGAGAAUGGAUUUGUAUCUUUUGUAGAGCUAGACAUCUAAAUGGCUUCAGACCUGGCCCUGUAGCUUUUCCUUUUCUCCUUGCUGGGUGGUGACCAGGGUGGGGUCUGUUGAUUUACCUCUGUGCUCUGACCUCUGACCUCCCCAUGCCUCCCCUCAUCUCUGAACUUGUUAUUGUAAGUGCCUUCAAUACUCUGCAUUUUGGGAUAAUAAAAGAGGCUUGCCCUUCCUGUGCUCCUCAGCUUCUCUCUUCCGUUUUUCUUAGCCUUGUGUGUAUAUGUGUGUGUGUGUGUGUGUGUGUGUGUGUGUGUGUGUACGUGUGUGUAUGUGUGUCUGUGUUUAUCUGUCAUAUCCUCUUUGAGUGAAAGGAUGGUGGGGGUGCUGUGGUCUGGCUAUACCCCCAGAAAGGAAGGUGCCUGCCUUUAGUGGAAGGGGCAUCCCCUCACCCCAAUCUGUUUGUGGUUGUUUCCUUUCCUGCCCGUGAGACCCCUCUGGAGUAAGGGCCCCUCACUGCCCAGCCUCAGCUCCUUCAGGACAGGCCCGGGUCUGCCUGUUGGCCAUUUGCCAGACUUCUCAGAGCCUGAUCGGGUAACAUGGCCACAUGGAGUGAAGGGUUGACCCACCAGACAUCCCUCAUGGAGUUUAUGUCAGGGAUUCAUGUUCGCCUGAUGCAUAACUUGAAAAACUCUAUUUUAAUAUUGAAGAUGGAAGAAGAAAAGCAUCAUUUACAGCAUAUUAUGCUUUAUUAUUUCAAGAAAGGUAAAAAUGCAACUGAAACGUAAAAAAAAAGAUUUGUGCAGUGUAUGGAAAAGGUGCUGUGACUGAUCGAACGUGUCAAAAGUGGUUUGUGAAGUUUCAUGCUGGAGAUUUCUUGCUGGACGAUGCUCCAUGGUCGGGUAGACCAGUUGAAGCUGACAGGGAUCAAAUCGAGACAUUAAUUGAGAACCAUCAACAUUAUACCACGUGGGAGAUAGCUGACAUACUCAAAAUAUCCAAAUCAAGUGUUGAAAAUCAUUUACACCAGCCUGGUUAUGUGAAUCGCUUGGAUGCUUGGGUUCCACAGAAGUUAAGCAAAAAAACCUUCUUGACUGUAUUUCCACAUGUGAUUAUCUACUUAAAUGUAAUGAAAAGUUUCUGUUUUUAAAAGAAAUUGUGACGGGCGAUGAAAAGUGGAUACUGUACAAUAAUGUGGAAUGGAAGAGAUGGUGGGGCAAGCGAAAUGAACCACCACCAACCACACCAAAGGCCAGUCUUCAUCCAAAGAAGAUGAUGUUGUGUAUAUGGUGGGAUUGGAAGGGAGUCCUCUAUUAUGAGCUCCUUCUGGAAAACCAAAUGAUUAAUUCCAACAAGUACUGCUCCCAAUUAGACCAACUGAAAGCAGCACUCAACAAAAACCAUCUGGAAUUAGUCAACAGAAAAUGCAUAAUCUUCCAUCAGGAUAACGCAAGGCCACAUGUUUCUUUGAUGACCAGGCAAAAACUGUUACAGCUUGGGUGGGAAGUUCUGAUCUAUUGACCACAUUCACCAGAUAUUGCACCUUCGGAUUUCCAUAUUUUUCAGUCUUUACAAAAUUCUCUUAAUGGAAAAAAAUUUCAAUUCCCUGGAAGACUGUAAAAGGAACAGUUCUUUGCUCAAAAAGAUAAAAAGUUUUGGAAAGAUGGAAUUAUGAAGUUGUCUGAAAAAUUUCAGAAGGUAGUGGAACAAAACAGUGACUAUGUUGUUCAAUAAAGUUCUGGGUGAAACUAAA